UGAUUAUUAGAACAUUAAUGUUUAGAUUGUCCAAAAUCCAGUUACGGUCUAUAGCAAGAGCGCGUUCCAUACAGUUCAACAAUACACGUCUUGUAACAACUGUUAAAAAAUUCGCCCCUGCUUCUAUCGUUUUCAACACUCAACAAAAGGCCAACACAUUCUCAACUGUAUGGCGCACAACAGCCUUAAUUGCUACUGUAGGUUUGGCCUACAGUUCAGCUACAAAUAAUGUGCUUGCGCUUGAAACAAACGAUCCCUUGGGUGACGCUAUUUGUCAAGCCAUUGUUCAAAACGACUUUAAAGCUUUAAAAAAAUUAGCAGAUGAUCCAAAUUUUAGCCCAAACGUGUACCAUCGUUAUGGUUGGACACCAUUGCAAGUAGCGGUAAUCCAAGACAAUGAACCCAUGGUUAAAUUCCUUUUAGAAAAAGGAGCUGAUCCCAACCUUGAAGAUCAGUAUUAUCCACGAUCACAUCAAGCCGCCAAUGUGCGCCAAGUCGAUUUCUCUGAAGAUUUAUUACCUUAUCGCGAUUAUAGAGAGUACACAGCACUUCAUUAUGCAGUCAUUAUCUGUAACCCAACCAUUGUCAAAAUGUUGUUAAAUCACUUGGCUGAUCCUCUCGUGCGCAACUCACAUGGAUUGACACCUCGAGAAUAUUUAUACUAUGUAGAGAGGUUUACUGGUGAACAAAACACUGAAAUAGAGAAAUUGUUACAUGACAAGGAAAGUUCAUUCCCAAAAGAUAAAGCAGAGCAUGAUGAACGUAUACGCAAGGCCCAAUUAUUAAAAGAAAAGGAAUACCGUAAAAAGCAUCCUUUAGAGGACUCUUUAAAAGCCCGUAUUGUAGGUCAACUAGGUCCUAUCCAUGCUCUAGCAAGUGCUAUUAGACGUAAGCAAAACGGCUGGCAUGACGAAGAACAUCCCUUGGUAUUCUUGUUUUGUGGUUCAUCUGGUGUCGGAAAAACCGAGCUUGCAAAAGCUUUGGCUCAGCAUCUUCAUGGUAAACAAUUAGAUAAAGGAUUUAUCAGAAUCGAUAUGAGUGAAUUUCAGCAUAAGCAUGAUGUAUCACGAUUUAUUGGCUCUCCGCCCGGUUAUGUUGGAUAUGAUGAAGGUGGACAAUUGACAGAAAAAUUGAAAGAAUGUCCCAAUGCAGUUGUCCUAUUGGACGAAGUAGAAAAAGCGCAUCCUGAUGUUUUGACAAUCAUGUUACAAUUAUUUGAUGAAGGUCGUAUCACAGACGGUAAAGGAACUACGGUCGAAUGUAAAGACGCCAUCUUUGUCAUGACUUCCAAUUUAGCCCAACAUGAAAUCGCCGAUGAAGCUGAGCUUUUACGUCUCGAAGCCUCUGUUUCUUCCGAUGCACAAACCACAGGAACUGCCACUGUCAUUGAACCAAAAGCAGACGCUGAUCAAGAUAAAAAGAUUAACCGACAGAUCUCUCUUUCCCGUCAGUUUAUUCAACACGUCAUCUACCCUAUUCUUUAUGAGCAUUUCCGUCGUGAUGAGUUCUUGGGUCGUAUCAACGAAGUCCUCUUCUUUUUACCGUUUAGCGAGGAGGAGUUACGUGAAAUCACUUCGAGAGAACUCUCCCGAUGGGCUGAAAAGGCAAGAACCAGACAUGGCAUUACCAUGACCUGGGAACCCGAAGUGGUAGAUGUGCUAGCAGAUGGGUAUAACAUUCGUUAUGGUGCUCGUAGUAUCAAGUAUGAGGUGGAAAGGAAAGUAGUCAAUCUGAUCGCUAAAGCGAAUGAAAACGAUGAGGUCCUGGAUGGUGGACGCGUUCAUCUCGUAGUGGAUAAAUCGAUCGAUAAAAAACAUCGCAUCUGUAAGCUUGAAAUUCCUGAGAGAGGUGGAGAUGAUAGUAAAAAACCAAGCGGCGGCGGAUGGUUUGGUAGUAAAAAUUAAUUCGUCUUUAAUAAAAAUUCCAGAACCGCAUCAUGAUGUUACUCAUUCUCAAUGAUCAAAUUAUGAUGCAAGCCUGUUACCAAUAACAUAAA